AUGUGGCAUCAUGGACCUAUCUUCCUUCAUCACCAGGAAGCAUCUGUCAACACGACUGCCAACCAAGCCUCAGAAACUGCAGAAGAUGACCCGGAAGUCCGCCCAGUGUUACAAGCCCUGGUAACUCAAAUUCUGCCUCACAAACCUCUCAGGACCAGCUGCUUCUCUAGGUUUUCACAGUGGACUACUCUUGUGAGAGCGAUUGGAAGACUUCUCUCCUUUAUCCAGUCACAUCGUCAAAAGGCCCUUGAGAAGUCUGGUACCACAGAAAGUAUAAAGCUGACACCACAUGCUUGUCUUCUAAACAGAGCAAAGUUGUUGAUCAUACAGAAUGUUCAGCAUGAAGCUUAUGAACAGGAAAUCAGCAGUCUCAACAACUCUGAUGGGUUGCCUAAGGCAAGCCCUCUUCUCAAACUGAGCCCAAUGGUUGAUAAUGAUGGACUCGUCAGAGUUGGUGGCCGACUAGAGAGAGCAAGUCUGAGCUAUGAGGAGAGCCACCCCUUGAUACUGCCGAGCUCACAUCACGUCACAAGUCUUCUAAUAAAGCAUUAUCACGAAAAAGUACAGCAUCAGGGGCGACAUUUCACACUUGGCCUGAUCCAAAGCAGUGGGUUCUGGAUUGUUGGAAGCAAGCGAGCCGUGAACAGCGCCAUUAACAACUGCAUUAAGUGCAAGAAGCUGAGGGGUCAGCAGCAGACACAAAAGAUGGCCGAUCUUCCCAUCGAUCAACUUACUCCCGCACCUCCAUUCAGCUACGUUGGCCUUGACGUCUUUGGACCCUGGCUAAUCAGUGCUCGCCAGACAAGAGGAGGAAUUGCCAACAGCAAACGUUGGGCUGUACUUUUCACCUGCCUAACCACAAGGGCUAUCCAUAUCGAAGUAAUAGAGUCUAUGGACACCUCAUGUUUCAUCAAUGCCUUGCGCAGAUUCCUGGCCUUGCGAGGACCAGCAGUACAGCUUCGCUCAGACUGUGGUACCAAUUUUGUGGGCGCACAAAACGAGCUCCAAUCUUGCCUUAACGAGAUGGAUGACAAAGCCAUUCAGUCCUACCUAGCAACUGAAGGCUGCAAUUGGAUCUUCAAUGCUCCUCAUGCCUCCCACAUUGGUGGAGUUUGGGAAUGA